AUGCCUUAUCUCGAUCAAUACAGCCCCUUGUACUCAUACGCUGGUGGCAGCACGCGCACUGGCGUCGGGGGCUUAAGAGCAGCUGAACACCUCGGAAGAGCACUCGCAGAAGUAGAUGGCCUUUUUGCUGGCUUCACGCACCUUGACGAAACAGAACCUGAGUCGAGAAACAGUCGGUCCAGUAGCGGUCACGACGACCUUGCACUUGAGCUGGACUCAUUGUGCAAUACAGCUCCCACCAACAGCACCCCAGACUCACAGCCUGAUUCCACCGACCCCAGAAAUCAGGCUCGGGAAAAUGCGUGGGCGUCCAUACGAACUGUUCGGGAGGGAAUGCAAAUUCUCUGGGAACACUUCGUCGACGUUUCUUACGAUGUCAACCUCCCAACCAUCAACAACAUUCGUGCCGAAUACCACGACUCCAGAGGCCUUCGUCAAGCAGGCGUCUUUGCUUUCCGGAACACGCUGACCGGACCAGCACCCAAUGAUCUCGUUAAGAUCUUCGCCUUCUGCAGCUUAUCAUAUGUUGUGUCCCGUCUUCUUUACUCAAGAGGACGACUGGCAGAAGGCGACAUCCUCGCUGGCAUCCGUCUGUGGCUCAACGCUCUCGAGGAUGAAGACGAACGAAAGGCCCUUGAGGUUCUCGCGAGGCGACUUUGGCCUGAAGCACGAAACCAUCUGCAUUUUAUUGACUUGAACUUGGGAGAGCAGUCGCGCAAGCUAGCGACCUCUCUGCAACGAGCUGAGACGCCAUUCUCGGCGCCGUCGACCCAGACAUACCCAGUCUUACCACUUACCAGCCUUGGGCCUCAGACACAGCCGCUGUAUGAGCAACCGGCACCGGCGUAUUCAUACGAAUUGGGAAACUCCCAUGACCUGGCUAUUGCACCAGGCAUUGGGACCAUAGACCCGGUGCUGUUGAACAUACUCGCAGCGGACAUUUCGCCAGCCUACGUCCACAAUCUGACCGAUCGGACAUAUCACGAGCUCAAUUUCUCCCUCGCACUUCCUGAGACGCAUUCUCAAGUUCCUGGACCAGGCCCAAAUCUCUGGCAUGGGUUUGAUCCAGGCCCAGUGCAACCCCCUCACCUUGAUGUCGGUGCAAUGGAGGGCAUCACGCCUUGGAGUGCGAUACCGCAAUGCAACAUUGGCAGCCCGAUCGCCAGCACCUCGAGCCACGAGUCAUACAGUCAAUCUCCGUCUAGCACAAAUACAUCCAACGACAUUCUCACAUCCCUUCAGGGUACUUCUGUAUUCACAAGUGUGUUGGAGUACAUACGAGAACACGGAGCAUUCUGGUUCAGGCUCGCAGGCUGCGGACUGGUAUCGAAAGAUCUCCGGUCAUGUCUCGCCUGGAGUCAGGAGCGUUCAAGGAAGAGAAAACAGAUAGAGGCCAGUUAUAUACAGCCCCUAUCGUCCGAGAAGUACACCAGAGACCUACCAGCUCGUGGGAUAGUCUCUGUUGUGGAAGCAUUCUUCGAUCAGGGCUUGCUGCAAAGCAUCGAGGACAUCAAAAGCUACAUGGAGCGUGUCGCCGGCCUAUUGUUCAGCGACCGGGUCGCUUGCCAGGAGUUCCGCGACUGGGUCGACGGCGUUCAAGGGAGUCCGCAAGCUUCCUCGUCCACUCCGAGGGCGACGACCAAGUUAAAACGUCUAUCUUGUCCAAGAUGCGAAUACACAAGCGACCGAUCGUUCAACAUGGAAAGACAUCACAACAUGCACGAAAGGAAUGAAGAGGAUAAUAAGAAGAAAAGUAGGAAAUCUUGA